GGGCGUGCUUGGUUGUACAAAUUGCAGUUGUUUCUUUAUACUUCCAAAAGAAUAAUUGAUAUUAUUGUGUGCAAAAUACAAAAAACAAAAUUUUUUUGCUGUGAUUUUAAAGUUUAUAACUUAAAUAAACUUUCUGUAGUCUGUUUGCUAGCUAUGUAGUUAUAAAGUGACUUUAAAAGGUAAAACGGGACUUAAGUUUGCUGAUGAUGAUUGUUGUAAAGUAAAUAAAAUGGUAACAUGUGAAUUGGACAAAGAAAUAUCAGGGGAAGUUCUCGGAUGGAAAUUGUCAGCAUGGCAGGCACUUUUGUUGCACCGAGUGGUACCGUCGUGCGGUGGACUUAUUUUGUACCUCACUCUGAUUUGUUUUGAUUUCGCCCUUGUUUACGAACACUUCGCAAAUGGAGAAGAUGGAUUAGGAAUCUUUUGUCUAAUACUGAUUACGAUGCCAGCACUAUUAUCUUUUAUAUUCACACUUGCUUCACCUCCACCUGGACUAGAAACAGAUCUUUCGGCUUACGAUAUUUCUGUAGAAAAAAAUGAUAUUAAAUGGUUAUUAACACAGUUCGCAAACUGUAUCUUUUUCCCUAUAGCUACCAUUGGCAGAUAUUGUUACUUAAUUUUUUGGUGGGUGGAAGUGGUGUACGCGUGUCGCCAUGAAGACGAAGAGCGCGUUCGAGAGGCGCUUUUAAAUGCGCGGGCACCAUCCUCUAUGGAACUCUACCUGUUCUUGCAGUCGUUUAUCCAUGCGGCGCCCCAUGCUAUUGUCAACAUUCUCGACCUGAUGGCCCGUUAUGACAAUCCUGCUUACAGCAAAAGGUCAAUUCAAUUUGUAAGUAUAAUUGCAUCUUCUUUACGAAUGGCUAGUACUGCAACUAUGUACAGAAGAUUUGAAAGAGAAAAAAUUAACGGACGGAAGUAUCCGUGGAGUAAAACGAAGGAAGAGCUUGAAAAUGUCAAUAACGAAAACAUCGAAGCAGUUAAUAACAAUGCAGCAGCACGACAAAAAUAUAAAGAAGAACCAAUUUAUGAGGAAGUUACAACAAGAAAACAAUCAGAAAUAGGUAGAUCUAAACUCAAUAGUGAUUUGAUACAGUUUUCUCCAAGCACAACAAUGUACUAUGAUGAUAUAGUAACAGAUUCAGAAAGUAGCUCUGACUACCAACCGGGUGUUACAAUGCGUGAUGGGUUACCACCACCUGAAUUGGAGAGUGAUGAUGAAUAUAUUCGGCCAAUAUCAAUUGUGGAUCGCGUGGCACCUCGAAGAUCCGAUAAACAUUAUACAAUACAAGAAGUAUAUAUCCCACCGCCGCCAGCAAUACCAGCACCACGGCCAGGGUCGAUAGCAGCGUGGGCAGAGAGAAUGGUAGAAAAUGCUGAAUCCAUACCUAUGUGGUUGUCCGCUCCUCCGAGACGUAAAUAUUGCGAUGAGGUGGUCCGAGAUGAGCCGGAUAUUCCAAUACGAGUUCCCAGAUCGUAUAUACGUGGCCUUGAACCUCAGGACCUACCAGCUGCACUAGUACACUGCAUGGGUUGGUAUGCAUUCUUCGUUGCGCGCCUUCUGUCAAUGGCAGCCUUCAUAAACCUAACUAUUAUAGGUUCUGUAAUCAUUCUAUUCUCACAUUAUCAAGUUAUGCUUCUGUUUUUAAUUAUACCACAAGCAAGUACAGUGAAAAGAACAUUUUAUUUUUUUCUUGCAUUUGUGUACUUAUUCUGUAUAAUGGAAUUCAAAAUACGUUUCCGCCAUGUUCGUGUGUGGCAUUUAUUUUGGAGCAUAGUGUGUAUGAUAGAGACUAUACUUUUUACAGGACUGUGGGUUGCCCUGGAUAAUAAUUUGCAUCAUUGGUGGAAAAAAUAUGUAUUAUAUGUGAUUAUAGUCAGUUUAAUGUUAAGUAUUACGUGUUUUAUAACUUAUUUUGUGAUUUUACAACCAAAAGAGACUAUUGUACGUAUAAAAAAUAGAAAUAAAAUUACAAACUAACAA